AUGCAUUCAGAGUGUUAUUGGUUAUUCCUGCAGACAUAUCACGACAAGCCCGCGCUUGAACGCGUCUGGGUUGCAGCAGCCUGGAGAAUUCCGUGGGUCGUACGCUCUUCUCAAUCCAUGCCACACAUCGGUUAUAUCGAACCAGGGCUGGUAUCAAUAAGCUCUUCCGCUGCAGAAGGCUUGGGUAUACCGCAACUGGCAACCUUGCCAUCUGAGGUUCUUCAGCUUAUAGCUGUUUAUUCACGCGGGAGUCUUGUGUGGAAAUAUACGAUUAUCGAAGCCAGAGCGGAGGAAUUAUCAAGGUGUGAUGAGAGCUCAUCCAAGGACGAUGACAUGCUUUACAAUCUCGGUACUUUCAAAAAAUGGCAUCGAGGGCAGGAUGCAGAGUUCGAUGAGGAUCCGCCCGAGUCUUUUGUGUUCCGGCUCACCGUCGAUUCCCAUGGGCUACUCGACAUAGAGAGACUGCCCAACUGGCCCGAGUAUAAGAGCUGUCGAUACGGACCUUACAAGUACUUCUUUCUUGAUUCUGAUGAAGCGGAACAUACUUGGUUAUAUUUCAGACUUGGCCAUGCGCGGAUGAAACUGAGUCCCUCAUUGUCAAGACCUAUUCAAAUUUGGGACAUCCCAAGUCCACCAAAUCCGACCACCAAAGGCCUUGAGCUUCUCUUGGUACCACGUGGUACAGAUGCUACUUGCAUUCGCACCCUCGAUCUACGCAAUAUCACUGGCAUUACCUUCUUUUACUACAGGGGCACUUUGAUGGGACUCCAUGCUCACACCCCUGAAGACCCGAUAGCGUUGACUACUGUUAAGGACAUCCUUUCAGAUUACGAGCCCAAUUUAGUCUGGAUAUACAUGCCCAUAGCACAUGGCGAUCGUAUCGUGAGGUUUGGCCUGCGGACUUGGAGAAACGACCGCGAGGAACCGGCAAGCCAUCACAUGUGCUUAUUGAUGACCACGAAGCUUGCUGGCGACUUCUCUCUUGGUCCAAAUUUCCAUGAUGAAGAUAUGAAUUACUUCUUUCGAGGAACGCCCACUGUUCUUUUCCACAACACGCCAGCAAAGGGUGGGAUUACACUGUUAGGCUUAGCAGGUGACAAAAAUCAGGAGAAGCUACGCGCUCCUAGAUUCCCCAUCAUCUCCCUCUCGAUAGAUCAGUUGAUUAACGGAGGUGACGCUAUUACAGUGGACAUUCCGCUGAAGGACGCUGUCAGAAUUGACAUUUUCACUGAAAGGGCCACUGGAUACAUGAGAGGUUUUAUUCUUGAGUAUGAGAACGGCGCAAAGAGGUCCGCAGGGCAAUGCAGAGUAGGAGUUGACCCGGUCAUGGCAACCCGUGAUUCGAUCUAUGAUCCCAAUCAUGAUUGGGAUAUUUGGAUGGAUAAUCAGGAUACAGAUUACGAUGGGCACAUCCGUCUACAGGACAAAUGCGACCUUUGCCUUUUCGAUAUGGCACCAGGUGACCUGUCCAUUGCCUUAACAUGCGAAACACAUCUUCGCCCUUCAUAUUGCACCAAGUUAUUCAAAUUUCCCGCCGACAGUGAGACGUUUGAACUUGAAGGAAAGGAUUUGUUUCUAUGCCGGGAGGCUGAUUGCAAUCUGGCAGAUUGGGUUGUGACGAUGCAUGCUUCGUGUUACCAAGUCUUCUUUCAGCAUUACACUCAUGAUAACCCCCUCAACGGUGUGUGGAUCGCCGCAGAAUGGAAACGCUACUUCUUUCCAAGCGUUGGCUUCAAGUUGGAAGACGAGAGCCUCGUAUCAGUGAGCCCAUCGAUUGCCGAAUCGUUGGGAAUGCCGCAGCUGGCUCGGCUGCCCCCAACCCUUGUCCAAGAUAUCAGGUCCAUGUCUCCUGACAGUGAAGUCUGGGCUUACUUGGCUAUCAAAGAUCUUGCAGAGAGGAUUUCAUCUGCAGCUGGCCAACAUGACCUGUCUUGUAUGCUUGACAAAGUCGAGUCUUGGACUAGGGGCGAGGGUGCACCUGUGCUGAGCGACAGCUUUGCUGGGGUUUGGUGUAUGCGGGUCACGAUGGAUCGCCGCGGUAUACGCAACAUUGAAAGAAUCGCUGGUAUGCCUUCUUACGAAACUUGGCGGAGUGAAAGCCUUGCCUUUGCUCUGAUACCCUCAGAUCAAGCAAUGAAAAGUGUGUGUGAUUUCAGGCUUGGGGCGGCUCGUCUUAGUCUUUGGGGUGGCAGGUCAGUCAUGUGGGAUACACCGGGUCCUCCUCCAGCAGGUAGGAUGCAAUUCUUCACCGCGAGUGGUAAAUCGCUGCCAUGCAAUGUGCGUCUGCGCACACUGGACUUGCGCGGCACCAGGGGCCUCACCUUCUUCUACAUUGGGUCUUCUCUACGGGCUGUUCAUUCUCACACGUCCCGCUUCCCAACUGCGUUGACGACAUACGCGCGUUUGUCCGAACACGACCGAAGGGAUGUGGUUUGGGCACAUGUCCCUAUCGCACCCAAUGAUCGGAUUAUCGGAUUAGGUAUCCGAGCAAGUAGCAUGGAAGAUGAUUUAACUUCACCCUCUGUUCUGAUUCGUACUGAACUUGCCGGUGAUAUUGUCAUCGGCCCUCAGCCCAGGCCUGUUUCCCCUGACUUGCCUCUCGUCCUCAUUAAGGAUUACACCUGUGGCGUUAUACCAGAGUCUCUAAUAUAUGGUUUGCCUCCUACUGACGGUGAACACAUCCUUGUCGCGGUGGCAGCAAGGUCACUUGAACCUAACGCAGAAUCCACACGUCGAUUCCCUGGCGCAACAUCAUCAACAAUAAUGCACAGGUGCAGCUGCGCUCUUCUCCGAACCCAGAUACCUCUCCAAGGAACCACCCGGAUUGAUGUAUUCACUUGCAAAGCCACUGGUCUAUGCAGAGGAAUGCUAUUUGGGUACGAGGAUGGGGCCCAGAGGGCUGUUGGUCAAUGCCGCUUGGGAAUUGACAAUGUAACAACCUACAUCAAUCCCACGAGGAUUUGUUACAGCGAUACGAUGCGGGCUCAUUGCUGUGCCGGUGAUGAUAAUUGUUCCAACGAAGAUAAAAUGGACGAAGAAAUUGAAUAUUGCGAGGAGAUAGAAUGUACAGCACAUCAAAGUUCCAGGGUUGAAUGCUCCAGCGGCACAGACGAGCAUCAUCACAACGACAGUGGUGAGCAUAUGGUCUGCGCACCCAUCAAAGGAUACCUCGAUUGCCACUGGGAUGACCGCUGGCUUCGACUGGAUAUACAAGAGCAUGCCCCUGAAGCGAUUGCGGCAAUAAUGCACGUGGAUAUGAACGGCAGAAAUCCCCUCGAAUUCACGGUAUAA